ACUUUACAUUUUUCAUAUGUACCUAACCAUAUAACAAACCCUUUACUAUCCUCACUUUCUCCUAAUCCCUACAAUUCUCACAUCAAACCAUAACCAAACAAUUGCAAUCAUCAUUUAAUUCUCAUCAAAUCCAUAUAUGGAUCCUCAAAGUAAAAUACAAUUAAGGAUCCUUAAUUGGAUCAUAUUACUUGUUUGUGUCACUCUUCCAAUUGAAGCUAUGGAAUCAAGGAAGCUAGUUGAGAAGUGUACACCAUGUGGUGACAAUCCAAUUUCAUCACCACCUCCAAUAAUAUACAAUUCACCACCACCACCAUAUGUAUAUCCAUCACCACCCCCUCCAUCGCCGUCACCGCCACCAAUAGUAUACUAUUCACCACCACCACCUUCACCAAAGAAAACACCCUCGGCAAAUUGUCCUCCACCACCAUAUUCGCAAUCGUCACCAUACAUAUACAUGAACGGACCGCCAGGGAACUUGUAUCCAGUUGAUGUGAAUUUCAGUGGAUCAGGAGCAACCCCUAGCGGUCACGGAAGUUUUGCCGGAUUCUUGCCACUUUUGGUUUGUUUGAUGAGCCUUCUAGCCUAUUGAUGAUUAGUUUGAGAUUAAGUUUCUCAACAAAUGAGUAAGAGAAUACAUAUAACAUAUAUGUACUAAGGUAAGAGGCAAGAGAACUUAGUGCUCAAAUUUUAGUGUUUAACAUGUUCCAUAUGCUUUGGUUAAUAUGUGAUCCCAAUUUGUUGAUCAUGUAUACUUAAUUUCCUUUCUACUUUUGUUUUUUUGUAGUUUGUUUAAUACAAUAAAUUUUCUGUAUCAUAGAGAAAGUGCAGCAAUAAAUUUGUAUUGAAGUCUUUUUAAUUAAGAUUAUCCUGUAGCCAAAAUUCAGUUAAACUAAAUCUCAACUGUUGGAUUGGUGGCUUAUGUGCAUCUGAUUCAAUUAAUUGGAUC